GAGAAUUGCUUCCGAUCCGAUCAUGAUCAACCCAACAACAACAACCCAUCUGUUAAAUCUGAAGCUAGCUCCUCAAGAAUCAAUCACUACUCCAUGUUGAUGAGAGCCAUCCACAAUACUCAAGAAGCUAACAACAACAACAAUGAUAACGUAAGCGAUGUUGAAGCAAUGAAGGCCAAGAUCAUUGCUCAUCCUCACUACUCUACCCUCCUACAAGCUUACUUGGACUGCCAAAAGAUUGGAGCUCCACCUGAAGUGGUUGAUAGAAUUACUGCGGCUCGGCAAGACUUUGAGGCUCGACAACAGCGGUCAACACCGUCUGUGUCUGCCUCGUCUAGAGACCCGGAAUUGGAUCAAUUCAUGGAAGCAUAUUGUGACAUGUUGGUUAAAUAUCGAGAGGAGCUAACACGGCCCAUUCAAGAAGCAAUGGAGUUUAUUCGUCGUAUUGAAUCUCAGCUUAGCAUGUUGUGUCAGAGUCCCAUUCAUAUCCUCAACAAUCCUGAUGGGAAAAGUGAUAAUAUGGGAUCAUCAGACGAAGAACAAGAGAAUAACAGUGGAGGGGAAACAGAAUUACCUGAAAUAGACCCGAGGGCGGAAGAUCGGGAACUCAAGAACCACUUGCUGAAGAAGUAUAGUGGAUACUUAAGCAGUUUGAAGCAAGAACUAUCCAAGAAGAAAAAGAAAGGUAAACUUCCCAAAGAAGCACGGCAGAAGCUUCUCACGUGGUGGGAGUUGCAUUACAAGUGGCCGUAUCCUUCUGAAUCAGAGAAGGUGGCGUUGGCGGAAUCAACCGGGUUAGAUCAGAAACAAAUCAACAAUUGGUUCAUAAACCAAAGAAAGCGUCACUGGAAACCGUCUGAAGACAUGCAGUUCAUGGUGAUGGAUGGUCUGCAGCACCCACACCACGCAGCUCUGUACAUGGAUGGUCAUUACAUGGGUGAUGGACCUUAUCGUCUUGGUCCAUAAGACAUCUAAAAGCGUUAGCCACAAAAUAACAACUUCUUGUUGCUUUCUUGUUACAAUUUAUGUUUUGAACUCCCCUACAUCACUUUGCUACUUAUAGCUUUAUUGGUUUUACUCGUUUUGUAAUGUAUUAUGUCGUUCGGGGAGUUUAAGACA